AGUAGACAUAGGAAGAUGUCAUCAAGCCCUUCGGAAGAACCAUUAAGCGAUGACGAAAUAUUUUUCGGGAAGCUAUCUCUAAAAGAAUUCAAAAAGCAUAUCUUGUGGAACAAAAAUUCUCCAGUUAAGUUAUUACAAUUUUCGAACGUACAUAAUUCAAAGGGAAAUUACAAUAAAAGUUUAUGUCAUGAUGAAAAAACAGCUGAUAAAUAUAACGAGAAAGACAAGAGCACGAUAAUAAUAGAAUCUCACUCUGAACCUGACCUUAGACCCAACAAAAGCAAUGUUACAUCUACACCUACACAGAAUCGCAUUACAGAAACGGAUGAUAGCUUUCUUCAUUUAGAAGAUAUGGUAGAAAAAUUAUGUGUCUCUCUCAAAAGUGAAAGUGCAGAUUUGAAUAAUACAUUAGACGUCAUUGAUUUCAUUCUUAAAAAUGGACCAAACAAGGAAACUGAAAUUUCAAAAAUAAUUGCCCCUGAGCAAGUGAAAUCUGAAAUUAAAACACCCAAAAAUGAUGACUACUUGACAAAGCCAAUGUUGAAUAUAAUGAAUUCUCCUGAAAAAAAACAAGAGUGCCAAAAUAAAAAAAUAAUUGCACCUGAGCAAGUGAAAUCCGAAAUUCAAAUGCCUAAAACCGAUGAUUACUUGACCGAGUCAAUGUUGAAUACAAAGAAUUAUCCUGAAAAAAAGUAUAAAGAGUGUCCAAAUAAACAGAUUAAAGAAGUAAAUCCUUUAACUCCAUUUAAAAAAGCAACUAAAGUUCUCAGUCAGGAUACAAUUCAAACUCCAUUGUGUGCUGCAAAAUCAAAAGAUGUGUUCAAAACUCCAGCUCCUUUGUCACAAAAAAAGGUUUUUACAACAUUGCAUAAAUCUCCUGCUAGAGUAAAUGCUUACCAACAUAUUGGAAGUCCGGUGGCCUCAUACAUUAAAAAUGGUCCACAAGUACCAUUGCUAAAAGAUGUUCACCCUAAGAAGCCACUUCCUGGAACAUCAUCUAUUCCAAAAGCCUCUAAGGACUUAGUUAAUAAAGUUAUGAACAAAGAAAAUAUCAACCUACCUUCUGUGGCAUAUAAAAAUGCAAUAAAAACAAAAAUUAUAAAUACACCUCGUCAAGUGAAGUUACCACUUAGCCACUGGAACAAAAAAAAUACUUCAUUACCAAGACCAGUUGUUAUGAAACAUGAGCACCGUGAGGUAGACUUUAUCAAAACAUCACAACCUGAAGAAAGUUUUGCAGGUUUGCCAUACCAUCAAGCUGAGGUGUCUGUAUGUACAAAAAAAUCAGCAUUUCAAAUGGAUAAGUAGUUUUAAUAUUACAUAAAAGGAAUUCUAGCUCUGUUUAA